CACCAGCACAGAUGCGUGCCAAGGAAAGGAGAGAAGCCCAUGGUUACAGUAGUAGUAAUAGGAGAGAUAACUACGAUGAAGGGAACAGGUACAUUCUGAUUCUGUGCUUGAUAGACCAAUUUUGACAUGUUAAAAUUGAUUAAGUUAGUAUUAUUCCUUAUUUUUUGCAGUCGCCGGUCCCGCAGUCCCGGUUCAGGAGGGGGCGGGGGGGGAGCAAUAAUUUAUUAAUUUAUUCAAGAAUUAUCCUUUAUUGUUCAUGUAAAUUGAACUGCGGAAAUACACAUUUUAAAUGUAGAUAUGAUCAUCGCAUCUGCCAUUCACGGGUUAAGAUGAGCUCAACAAAAUGGGCUGCCCCCAAUAUAAGGGUGUUGAUAGCUAACUUGAUAAAGCACUGACGCGCUAAUGCAGAGACCAUCGAAUCCAGCUGAAGACCCAAAAUUUUUUAUCGGGUUAAUUCGGCAAUUAUAUCUUCGUUUCAAAAAAUUCGGUGGAUGUUUGUCAAAAUAGAUUACUCCUCCUUUACCCUUUUAUUUGUUAAAUUGGCAUAAGAGAAUGAGUUUGGGAUCGUUAAAGUGAUUUAUUUGUAGUACUUGUACAUUUGAAAACGGUUAGUAUUUCAGUAACACUGUUAAAAAUGUCUCCUGUGAAAAUACUAAGGCCUUCAAAUAGUCCAAUAAGGUUGACGACGGCGGAAUAUGGUUUCGACUUCUUGAUACCGGAACACCUUUUAGAUCAUUCUUGGAAAGCUAACUAUUAUAUUGUAGGACUUCUGCGUAAGAGGCUGAUCUAUGCAAUGUUUUUUUUAAGGCGUCGACGAUCAAGGUCACGUUCCCCCGCACCGUUGUGGUGAACAAAGUCGUGAUAGUCAACGUGAGAGCGACCGUCCAAGAUCACGUUCGCGAUCACCCUUGCCACCCCCCUCACGGGCGACAAACUGGUCGAAAGAAGUGGAGGAUCACGGCCACGUUCCCCCAUGCGCCCAAAUGGCAGCAGCCGUAAUCAACAAAGCCGUCAUAGUCAACGUGAGAACGACCGCCCGCGAUCACCUUCGCGAUCACCCUUGCCACCCCCCUCACGGUCGACAGAGGGGUCCGAAGAAGAGGAGGAUGACGGUCACGUCCCCCCUAGACGCCGAAAUGGCAGCAGCCGUGGUCAACAAAGUCGUCAUAGUUAAAGUGAGAGCGACCGCCCACGAUCACCUUUGCGAUCACCCUUGCCACCCCCCUCACGGUCGACAGAGGGGGUCUAAAGAAGAGGAGGAUGACGGUCACGUCCCCCAAGGCGCCGAAAUGGCAGCAGCUGUGGUGAAAAAAGCCGUCAUAGUCAACGUGAGAGCGACCGCCCACGAUCACCCUUGCCACCCCCCUCACGGUCGACAGAGGGGGUCCGAAGAAGAGGAGGAUCACGGUCACGUCCCCCGAGGCGCCGAAAUAGCAGCAGCCGUGGUCAACAAAGCCGUCAUAGUCAACGUGAGAGCGACCGCCCACGAUCACCUUCGCGAUCACCCUUGUCACCCCCCUCACGGUCGACAGAGGGAUUCCGAAGAAGAGGAGGAUCACGGUCACGUCCCCCCAGACGCCGAAAUGGCAGCAGCCGUGGUCAUCAAAGCCGUCAUAGUCAACGUGAGAGCGACCGCCCACGAUCACCUUCGCGAUCACCCUUGCCACCCCCCUCACGGUCGACUGAGGGAACAAGAGGGGGAUCACGGUCAAGCUCGUCUUUCCUCCACAGAUACCAUCUUCCCCUCAGUCACGCUCUGCAUCGUUUGCCGUCCCUGCUGCUGAGCAGAGUGAUAAAGGAGAAGAGCUAGCAAUACAGAGCCGCUCAAGAAGCUAG